UCACAGAAUAAGUUACCGCAGUAACGGACCCAGAGUUUAAGUUACUUCUCUUUCUGGAACGGAUAACUCAGAGUUUCCCUCAUUUCAGGGUUAAUUUACUCAGACUUUUCACAGCUUUCUGGAAUACCCCUCUGGUGUGUUUUGUUCAAACUCUUCUGCCUGACUGAAUAUUGAUUUUAAAACAUCACUAGACAUUCUGGAGGCUUUUGGCAAACUCUAAGUCAAAUAACAUUUGUUGACCCAUGGCUACUCUUUUAGAUCUCAUAGUUAUAUAUUUGAAAAAAAUUGCAAUUAUUUAGUUACAAUAAACAUCAGCUGGGUGGGCACAUUUGUAGAAAAUAGUCAUAACAAUAGCAAUUAAAAAUUUCAAGUGAAAUACUUUCAAGACAAACACAACAACACUUAAUUGAAUUAUGUAAACACGUUAACAUUCAAUGUGAAAGUAAAUAGGCAUUACUGUUUUAACACAACAUUUACCCUUCCACUACCAAACAACUUGUCAUUAAGACACGUUUAUGGUAUACUGCUAUGCUAAAAAACAAUGAAUUUAACCCUCUACUAUUAUAAAGUUGAAGACACAUGAAGACUGAAAUUAUAAAUGGCAUAAAAAUAUUAUGCCAGCUCAAUAAUUGUGAGUGCAUAUUCGGAUGGACUAAGCAUGUUAUUCAGCUUCAUAAAUUGUGUUACAAUUAUAAGCUGAUAAUAAAAGCUCGUGUAAUAUUUUGUUAUUCCAUGAAAAACGUAUUUAAGCUCCCGAGGCUAUAGUUUUGUUAAACAAACAAUUUGGAGUGUAAGGUUUCAUAGGGAAGACUAGUUUCAUCUUUGAGGACAGGUUGGUUAACAAAUACACUUCUGGAGACAUUUGAACACCAUUUGAACACCAUGUUCCAUAAGUAGAGGUGCGUUUUCACAUUUUAGUUUUCAAUAGUCAUUGGUUUACUAAAGUAGACAAUGCAGCAUAAAACAUUAUCUUAACUAAAUAUAAAUUAAUCAGUUCUACGGCAACUAUACUUUUGGCGCAUUUCUCUUUUGACACUUGGUGCACUUCUUGCAAAAUCAGGACGCAUGUGCUCUGUUGAAUAUACCCCCCUUCUCGUCGAUACGGUGCUGGAGAGGGUUGGAGGUGGUAUGGUUCUUGUUAGUGAUGUAAGGGGGGUGUAGCAGCGCAACCCUCUCAGUCUCCACCAAUGAAAAUAUGGGCUGUUUCAACACCCAUUUUCUGAACUCCUGCUAUAAAAUGGGCCAAUCAAACCCCUCUGCAUUCAUUAUUGCAAGAAUUCUCAACUGACGCCAAAGCUGAUUUUGGAAAACCGUGAAUUCAUCAUGAGUGCCAGAAAGGAUACCAAGUCUUACUUGGUUCAGAGGAAUGAGAAUACCAAUGACAAAUGCCUGAAUGGGAGCGGAGUCAAUGGGAAGGCCAAUGUCAGUGUAAAUGGAAAUUCUUAUCCUGUCAAAGACAAGCGCCGCAGCAAGACAUGGGAAGUUAAGCCUUCUUUGAUGGCUAACAACACCUUUAAUCCCAUCAGGACCAUUGUGGAUGAAAUGAAGAUCUCCCCAAACCCAGAUAAACCCAUGAUAAGCCUUUCGAUUGGGGAUCCUACUGUCUUUGGAAACCUUCCUACGGAUGAUGCAGUACUUCAAGCGAUGAAAGAUUCUGUAGAUUCGCAACAAUACAAUGGCUAUGCUCCUUCCGUUGGUUACUUAAAGAGUCGACAAGUGCUAGCCAACUUUUACAGCUGCCCUGAGGCUUCUAUAGAAGCAGAGGAUGUGAUUUUGACGAGUGGCUGUAGUCAGGCCAUUGACCUGGCUAUCAGUGGCCUAUGUAAUCCAGGGGACAACAUCCUUGUUCCACGUCCAGGCUUCUCGUUAUAUAAGACUCUGGCAUUAUCCCUUGGCAUCGAGGUCAGAUUGUACAACCUGCUGCCGGAGAACUCAUGGGAGGUGGAUCUGCAACAUUUGGAGAGCCUGGUUGAUGAUAAGACAUCCCUUCUAAUUGUCACCAAUCCUUCCAAUCCAUGUGGCUCUGUUUUCACCAAAGAACACUUACAGAAGAUCCUCACAGUGGCUUCCAGAAACUGUUUACCCAUCCUGGCAGAUGAAAUCUAUGGCAACAUGGUAUUCCCAGGUUGUGACUGCCCCUCCCUGGCAUCUCUCAGCAGUGAUGUACCAAUCAUUUCUUGUGGUGGCCUUGCUAAGCGCUGGCUAGUGCCCGGUUGGAGGUUGGGAUGGAUCCUCAUCCACGACAGAAAGAACAUCUUUGGACCUGAAAUUCGACAUGGCCUCGGAAAGCUUACCCAACGUAUUCUUGGACCCUGCACCAUUGUCCAGGGUGCACUGGAGGGAAUCCUCAACAACACACGUCUGGGUUUCUAUGAUGAUACCAUUCAUUUCAUUAAGUCCAAUGCUGAGAUUUGUUUUAAGGAGCUGUCCACUGUACCUGGCUUGAACCCCAUCAUGCCCUCAGGAGCCAUGUAUUUGAUGAUUGGAAUCGACAUAAAGAGCUUUCCAGAUUGUCAUAAUGAUGUUGACUUUACUCAACGGCUGGUGACCGAGCAGUCAGUUUUCUGUCUGCCUGCCACAGCUUUUGAGUACCCCAACUUCUUCCGCAUUGUGGUGACAGUCCCAGAGCAGAUGAUGAUGGAAGCAUGUGGUAGGAUCCGGGAGUUUUGCCUGCACCACUACCGGCCAGGCAGUCAUGAUAAUAACGCCCGUGAUCAGUGAGAGUCCAACUAUUGUGAUGGCAUGGAAAUUAACAUGUAACUGCACAUACUGAGCAUGAAUCUAUAUUAAGACCAAGUUUACAUGCUUACCUCAGAUGCGGUUUGUUGUCAUUACAUUUUCAAUGGUCACCUAAAUAUGUCUUUUGAAUAUAUUUUAUUUAUAUCAUUACGUAUGUACCAGAUGGUAAACACUUGUUUGUUGUUUAUUUAUCUAAUUGAUAGUUACACUUUUUAGUCUUUAGGAUUUGAGAUUGCAGACCAUGCAUAUGGCAUUACUGUUGUUUUAAUCCUCUUAUUUUGAAGAUGUCUCAUGAUUGUUCUGUACAGAAUGCUUCAUAUGGAUUCUCUAUAUUAUUCUAAUUAUUUUAACGUAUGUUUUUUCUCCCCUUUACAUUUUAGAAUACAAAACUUCUCUUCAUACUUUAUGGGCAGGGACGCUACUAUUUUGGUCACCACCGCUUAAAAAUUACAAAUAUACAUUGGCCCAUAACAAUGAUCAUCACUUUUUUACCACUUAGGGUGCCUUGAUGCAUGGCAUGACAUUCAAGUAUUUCUCGAUACGGUACUGCAUUAAUUAUCGAAUAUAAAUACAUUUAUAAUAUUACAGCUGCAAACAGCUUGGGCCCUUGCAGCCCUAGCACUGGCAUGUUGGAAUAUUGACACAUUGAAAUUGGAUUUCAUUUUUUAUGAAGUAAAUCAGGAUAAAAGCUCUCUAAAAUGCCAACGGUCAGGCAAAAUCUGAAAGGAAAUAGAAAAUGGCUGACUUUCCAUUGAGUUUAGAGAAGAGCUCCAGAGAGUUUUUGUAGGUCUUGAGCUAUUACAUACCUGUAUGUCUCCAAUUUUUGUUAGAUAUUGGUGAAACGUUCAGCAGGGCUGUUUCAUUCAAAAUUUGUGGAGAGUGCAACAAACCCAUAUUUUUCAAAUGUGCAAUUAACUCUAAAUUAUUAUUUUAUCAAUAAGAGACCUCUACAAAAGAAAUUUCAAAAUGGUGGACUUUAACAGAUGGUUUUGGAGAUCAUGGUCUGUUACAUAUACCUCCCAAAAAUGUUGACGUUGGUGAAACAUACAACCGGGGCUAAGUCGUUAAAAAUGUGUCAUUUGUAAAAUAUAUUUGUAAAAGUAUAUUUGUAAAAUAGUGAUGUUGUUUCCAGACUUGAUGGACUUGCAAAGUUUCAGGAAUUUCCGUGCAUGUUUAGACUCUCAAGAGUAGUGUUGUUUUCGUGGUACAACAUAAUAAAGGCCUAAGCAAUCUUCUGAGCAAA